AUGAAUACCUUCCUGUUGCUUCAGGUUAUACUUGAGCUGUGCAGAAAUGAGGAAACAGCCAACAUCCUGUGUGUACAGCCUCACCUAGAGCGAAUCCACCCACUGGGGUACACAGGAAGUGGGGAUGCAGAGGUGGAUGCAGAAGAGGCCAUCUUUGUUGAGCUAACCCAAACACUCCUGAAAGACCCAGCAGAGAGGGAACAUUUUUACCAGGAGGUUUUCCCCACAGAAUAUGGCCUCAGCUAUGAUGCGGACAUGCAGCUGCUUGUGUGGGAGUUUCUCUCCAAAUUAGAAAGACUCCUGCCGGUGCCAGACCUCGGUCAGACGGUUUCCUGGCUUACCUCUGCCCCCUCUGUGCUGAAGGACUGCUUGCAGGUGCUCUCCAAUCCCAAUGACCUCAAGUCUCUCCUGCAACACCACAAAUGCCUUGAGCACCUCAGCACCCAAGGUACCACAGUGGAGAUGUCCACCCAGGUCUUUGUCUGCUCAGAGUGUCCCUUCUUCCACAUGCAGGAGUCCUACCUGCUGCAGCACNUUGAGCACAGCCAUCCUGAACAAUACGCCAAACUCCAGAGGGCUGCACAGACAUGUGAGACCCCCAAGAAGACGUUCCCUCCUGAGUUCCCAAAGCCCUUCCCCAUCCACGACAGGCCCGACCCACACACAUGCCAGGAGUGCGGCAAAACGUUCACGCGGGUCUCGGACGUGACUCGUCACCAGCGGACCCACACGGGCGAGCGCCCGUACACCUGUGAGGAGUGUCAGAAGGGCUUCAAGAACUCUUGGGAUCUGACCAGACAUCAGCGCAUCCACACUGGAGAGCGCCCCUUCCUUUGCUCUCAUUGCGGCAAACGGUUCACUCAGAUGGGGCUGCUCAAACUGCAUUCUGAGCGAACGGCUUGUGGCCAGACCUGCAACCCUCAGCUAGACCUAACAACAGAGGUGGUGGUGACAGAGGUGGUGUCAGAGAAGGGGGGCGGUCAGUAUAAAUGCCAGAAAUGUGGUGAGAGCUUUAGCAGCAUCCUGGAUCGACUGAGGCACAGGCAGAGGCACAUCGUAAGGCGUCAGUACAAAUGUCCCAUGUGUGAGAAGAUCUACGGCCGAGCCUCGGACCUGAAGAGACACCAGAUGAAGCACACAGGUGAGCGGCCAUUUCCAUGCGAGUGCGGGAAAAGCUUCACCCACGUGUGGCUUCUGAAUAAGCACCAGCAGACCCACAGCAGAGAGCGUCCCUACCCCUGUGCAGAGUGCGGAAAGAGCUUCACGCAGCUUCAGAUCCUUAACAGGCACCUCCUGACUCACAAUGGCCAGCGGCCUUUCCAGUGCUCAUACUGCGAGAAGAGCUUCACCCAGCUGGCCAGCCUCACACGCCACGAGAGAAUCCACACAGGCGAGCGGCCAUACCUCUGCACCACCUGCCAGAAGUCCUUUCUCACUCACGGAGAGCUUGUGAGGCACCAGCGCAUCCACAGCAACUUCCGGCCCUUCAGCUGUCCUCAGUGCCCGAAGAGCUUUAAAACCAAGCGCGCUCAGAGUGAACACUUCCACAGCCACAUUGGCGAGCACCCGUUCGAAUGCGGCCGCUGCGGGAAGAGGUUCUCCAAGUCCACCUCGCUCGUCCGACAUAACCUGACUCACACGGGGGAGCGACCACACUCAUGCUCCCAGUGUGGGAAAACCUUCCUGACCUCUGGGGAGCUGCUCCUGCACAAACGCACACACACCGGAGAGAGGCCGUACCCUUGCUCUUACUGUGAGAGGAGGUUCAGGUGCUCAUCAGACCUCAACAUACACGUACGGACUCACACCGGCGAGAAGCCACACAGCUGCGCAUUCUGUAAGAAGGGCUUCUCUACGUCUACGAGGCUGAAGAGACACAUGCGCACACACUCAGAGAAGGUGGAUUUAUUGAGUCCUUGAGCUAUUGGGAGAAAAUCACUUCGUUGCUCCAACAUAACUGUUGUCAUUUAAAAUAAAAAG